UAGCACCACCAACAGCAAGACCCUGGAGAAUCACCUUCAGUCCAGCAGAGAAAACAGUAGAGAAGGGACUAUGUGCUGUUAUUUCAUGUACCUUCACUCACCCUGAUCACGUAGAGCCUACCACUGCAAUAUGGUUCAAGUGCCCUAAAAAUGGCAAAUGUGGUCAGGAUGAAAACAUAAUUUUCCACUCCAAAGAUCCCUCUAAAGCUCAGGAGGGUUAUAAACAUAGAGUGUAUCUACUGGAGACAGACCUGACAAAGGGGAACUGUAGUGUGAUCAUCAACGACAUCAGAGAGAAUGAUGCUGGACAGUAUCAAUACAGAAUGAUAGGAGGACCAUAUACAUACCCACAGAAAAUGAAAAUCAAAGUGACAGAUCUGACCCAGAAGCCCUCAGUGUUGACUCCUUCUCUGACAGAGGGAGAACCAGCUUCUCUGACCUGCACCGCCCCGGGGAUCUGCUCUGGAACUCCUCCUAACAUCACAUGGACAUGGAGAGGGACAGGAGACAACAUCACUGCGCUCAGAGACAACACCACUAUACAAAAGAGAGAGGAUUUGACCAGCGUCACAACAACCCACUUCUCAACUUUGACCUUUAUCCCCUCAGCUAACGAUCACAGCACCGAGGUCACAUGUCUGGUGACCUUCAAUGGCAGUGUCACCACUAAGAAGACACUGAAAUUGAAUGUGACAUUUGUGAAGGAACCCAAGAUCUCUGGAUGUAACACAGUGAGAGAGGGUGAUACCCUGAAUCUGACCUGCAGUGUUGACAGCUACCCACCAUCAUCUAACUUCAACUGGAGUAAGAAUGGGACAACAGCUUUGGAACAGAAAAACUCUGGACUGGCCGCUCUAGUUGUCUCUAACUUGACAAGAGAACUUGCUGGGGAUUAUGUGUGUAGAGCUCAACACCUCAACAGGACUCUGACAGCUUCCAUUGUUGUCACUGUGAUGUACCAUCCAGUGAUUCUCAAUGCUUCUGGGUGUGUCAUCCAGGCCAAGGUCAUGACCUGUGUGUGUGUCAGUCAGGGGGUCCCCUUACCUCUCAUAGGCUGGCUUAACACUGAGGAGUACUCCCUGACUAAAUCAGUGUUGAGGUCCUCAGUGAACACCACCAUCAGGAUGCAUGUCGGAAACCACACCAACACUACUGUGGAGUGUGUCAGCACAAAUGAAGUGGGCAGAGUGAGAGAGAAGCUGCAAGUCACCCAAAAAGAGAGCCAAGGAAAGCAAGGAGAGGAAGUAUCUAAAGACAUCUUGGCUAUGCUGUCGGACCCACCACUGAUUGCUGCAUUUGCGAUUGGUGCCGCCUUCUCAGCCACCAUCUGUUGUAUCUUCCUGUGUUUGACAGGGAAAUGUAAAAGACAAAAACAGAGGAUCUCAAAGGACUCAGACUCCAAAAGCCCUUUCAUGAACCUGGAGAUGGUGGCAUGUGAAGACCAACAGAUGGAUGCAGGACAGGCUGUUGGUGGUGAACAGACCCCUCUGCAGGUGGUGCUGAGGGAGGGAGCUGAAAACGGAGGGACCCAGACCAGUGGAGCCGCGGGAAAAUCUUCCACAAGGGAAGAACCAAAUGAAGUGGACUACGCCAGCAUCAACUACUCCCUGCUGAAGAAGAAGACUCCUGAGGAGGCAGAGAAGAAGACCACCACCACAGAGUCAGAGUACGCCAAAAUCAAACGAGAGAUGAAGAAUGAAGGGGAUGAAGAUGGAGGAGAGGGGAGUGGAAUGAUGAUGAUGGGGAACGACGUGGAGAAAGAGAACGGUAAGCCAGCAGCAGAGACAGAUGAGGAUACAGCGCUUUACUCCAACGUCAAGGCUAUUAUGGGUGGUGGUGAGUGACACAGAUAUUUUUGCUAGAAACGUGGGGGAUAGAAUGCAGUAUUGUACAGCCAUGGGUUCUUAUAUAAUUUUCUGAAUCCAGAUUGAAAGUUCUAUGAUGAUACUGGGACUUUUGUUCAACUGAAACUACUGUAGUUUUGGUGUUGUUUCCUCAUGUGCUGAAUCCAGUUUGAAUGUUUUACGAUAGUACAGAGAUGUUGUUUAAUAACUGAAACUACUGUAGUUAAUAGUUUUGGUAAAUGCUUUGUUUUACAGCCCUGUGUCAGAUGGUACUGUAUGUAUCUGGUGGUUGUACAUUUUCAAUAAGAAUAUUUUCUAGUUGUACAUAGAAGAAUGUUCUGGGUAUGUUUUGUAAUGUUUUUCAAGGAAGUGUCAUUUUACUUUUGUAACGAUUCUGUUUUGUCACCAUGAGGAAGGAUUGACAAAGAUGUGGUUUGGAAAAGUAGAGAGGUCAAACCAUUUCUGUUUUUUCUCCUCUUUCCUUUAAUUUUUGUGGGUGGGGAUAUUAGGUAGUAUGUGUGGUUGUAACCAAACUCUUUCUGUAAAUAGGAUACUGAUUUACUGCAG